AGAACUCAUAAGCUCUUCAGCUCUUCAUAAGCUUCUAAAGCUUCACUUCUCUGCAACAAAUGGCGGCAGCUCCCAUCCUCGACUCGACCUUCGGUGUUGACAAGCUCACUUACGAGAUCUUCUCUAUCCUUGAAAACAAGUUCCUCUUCGGUUACGAAGAUCAGAAGCUUCUUCACUCUGGAAAACCAGAAAUUCCAGUUGAAACACUAAAGUCCGGAAAGAAUGCUACCGGAAAGGUCAGAAUUCUCUCCAUCGACGGCGGUGGUGCCACUGAUGGCAUCCUAGCUGGAAAAUCCCUUGCGCAUCUCGAAACCUAUCUACGCAAGAAAUCCGGCAAUGCAGAUGCUCGGAUCGCCGAUUACUUUGACGUGGUUGCUGGCUCCGGUUACGGUGGAAUUCUUGCGGCUCUUCUAUUCACUCGGGGAAAAGACGGCCGUCCAAUGUUUACAGCCGAUGAGGCACUGCGAUUCAUUGUUCAGAAUCGUCGGAAAAUCAGUCCUUCCUCGCCGGUCGGUGCAUUCCGGCGGAUUUUCCGAUCGUCCAAGGCUGAGAAGCUGUUUCGCCGGACUUUUGGAGAGUCAACGCUAAAGGAUACGGUGAAGCCGGUUUUGAUUCCAUGCUACGAUCUCUCAACUCGUGCGCCCUUCCUGUUUUCCCGCGCUGAUGCGUUGGAAACUGACAGUUACGAUUUCAAGAUGUGGGAGGUGUGCAUUGCCACCUCGGUAGAUCCGACGGUGGUAGGAGCAGUUGAGAUGAAGUCGUUGGAUCAGAGAACUAGAAUCCUGGCCGUCGAUGGUGGGGUUGCAAUGAAUAAUCCAACAGCUGCAGCGAUCACGCACGUGUUAAAUAACAAAUACGAGUUUCCGUUCUGUGGUGGUGUAGAGGAUUUGCUCGUGGUGUCGCUUGGAAACGGUGAGUCAGAUUCCGGCUGCCGGGAUCUCACACCGUCGGCGGCGGAGUUCGUUAGGAUCGCUGGUGAAGGUGCUUCCGAUAUGGUUGACCAAUCUGUUUCGAUGGCAUUCGGUCACGCCCUGACAAAUAACUAUAUUCGAAUUCAGGCGUCCGGAAUUGAUGCCGGAAAGUACCCAAAAACCUUGAAAUCGCCGGCAAACGGGGAAGCUAUCUUGGGCAUUGCAGAAGAGAUGUUGAAACAAAAGAAUGUUGAGUCUACACUCUUUAGGGGGAAGAAGAUCACCCAGAACAGUAAUUCAGAGAAGCUUGAGUGGUUUGCAGGAGAGGUAAUUAAGGAGCAUGAGAGGAGAAAAUCAAGUAGUCUCCCUACAGUCAUCUUCAAGCAAUCAUCCCCUAGAACUUCAUCUGCUACUGUAUCUACUGAAUCUUCAUAUUAGAUGUUCCCACUUAAUUUGGUUGAUCUUGUAGGUGCUUGCCGCUCUUGAUGAAUCAAAACAUGAGGGUCUGGGCUGAGCUAAUUACUGUAGGGUUUUAAUUAGGUAGAAAUAGUGUUGAAUAUGUAAAUGAGAUUAGGGGAAAAUUUGUUGUAAUUAAAGGAUUUCAAUUCUGAACAGAGUGAUCUCUACCUCUUC